GGUUGCGACUAUCGCUAUCAGCUUAGUCGGUGAGCAAUACACUAUUGCCCUUACUUUCAGAACUACUUUCCGUAACGCCUGAAGUGGCCACAGUCAGUGUAUUUUCAUCGCUAUCACAUUAGUUAGGAACGAACACGCUGUUUGUGUCCAUCGUCAUUAUUGACGACACGUACGGUUGCGUGUUCAGGCACGCAGCAAUUUCAAAUGUAUUUCCAUCAUCGUACAACACAAUUUUUUACUUAUUUAUGAACGUCAUUUGUUCAUUUUAUAGUUUUAAUUUUUGCUCGAUUUGUAUUUAUAAAUAUUGUUUUUGUUAUUUAAAUAAUUUAAACAUGUGCCACUGGAGCUAUCAAAGUUCUACUAUCGUAGGUUUUAUAUUUCUUGUUGUUGCAGUCUCAGUAAAAUCUUGGGACUUAAGUGUUGUCACUCAGGCUCAGAUACAGUUCCUUAUUAAUAAUGAAGUAGAAAGUACUGCAGCUGAUCAACUUAAAGAUAUGAUAUCAGCUGCAUAUGAUCCAGUUACAAAAGAUAUAUAUGUUAGUGAUUCCAAUCAUAAAAGUGGAAGUAUAUUUAGAAUUAAAUGGACUAGUAAAGAAAAAUAUAGUAUUAUUCAAACUGUUGUUACCAAACAAUCAUCCCCUGUUCAAGGAUUAGCUUUUGAUUACCAAACGUCUACUUUGUACUGGACAACUGGUAAUGGUUUAAGCAUUAAUCAUGUCAAUAUACCAAAAAAUGAUACUCAGUUACCUAUCAAUGGGACUAUACUUUUUAAGUUUAAAGAUGAAAUUCCACAGGGUAUAGCAAUAGAUUCUUGUAGAGGAUAUUUAUAUUGGACCAACUGCAAUCAUUUAAAUGCAACUAUUGAACGAUCACGUUUAGAUGGAACAGAUCGUAAAGUUAUUAUCAGUGAUCAUUUAUUUCAGCCUUUAAGUAUUGCAAUUGAUGUAGAAAAAAAUCUUUUAUAUUGGAGUGAUGAACGUGAAGGUAUAUACUAUAGUAUAGAAAGCAGUGAUGAAAAUGGUAGAUCCAGAAAAGUUUUAAUCCACGGUACUCAUCAUCAACCAUUUGCUGUUGUUUUGGAUGCUCAUAAUAUAUAUUGGAGUGAUUGGAUUAACAAUGCUGUGUGGAGUUUGCCUAAAGAUUCCUUUCAAGAAGGUAUAGAACCAAAGCAAAUAAAAAAAUAUGAAUCUAUAAAUACACCAAUGGGACUUAUAACUCCAAUUGAAAACUUGAACUUCGUGAAUAACACAUACUGCUCAAAAUACAAAGAAAAUCAAGUUACUGAGACUUCAAAUAAAACUGUGGAACCAAUACCAAAAAUAAAUGAGAAACCAAAACAUGUUUGUAAAAAUAAUGGGAAAUUACUUGAUAAUGGCACAUGCAUAUGUAUUAAUGGUUUUGAAGGUAAAUACUGUGAGUUGUACAUCUGUGAUGGUUAUUGUGUGUCUGGAUUAUGUUCAAUAUCUCAUUAUGGUAAACCUGAAUGUGCCUGUCCUUCUACAAGUUUUGGUGAUAAAUGUGAAAAGCACAAGUGUCCUAGUGAGUGUAUAAAUGGUGGUAAUUGUAUAUUAGACACAUUAGGUAAUCCCAAAUGUGAAUGUCAACUUGGUUUUACUGGAAAUACAUGUCAAUAUAAAUCUGAUUGGCUUAUUGAAAUCUGCUCUGUUUAUUGUCAAAACACACCCAAAUCUUCUGCAUUGAAUAUUUGCAGUUGCAAAGAAUAUACUAGGAAUUAUAACUAUGCAGACUUAGCAAUAAUUAAUUCAGAUAUGUCAUCAUGUAAACUUAGCAAGACUUUGACUGCAGUGAUAGCAAUUCUUGUAGUAUUUGCUGUCAGUUUGGGUACUUUAUCUUUAGUUUUAGUAAGAAGAGUACGGUUCUUAGGGCGCCGGCCUCGAAUAAAGAAGCGUAUUGUUGUGAAUAAAAGCAUAACUCCCUUAACUAGCAGACCAGUUCAGCAAAACCAACAAUGUGAAAUCACCAUUGAGAAUUGUUGCAAUAUGAACAUCUGUGAAACUCCUUGUUUUGAACCUGAUUUUCGAGUACCCAAGCAUGGUUUACUAUCAAAUAAGCCUAAAAAAGAAGAUAAAGUUAAUUUACUAAGUCAUACUGAUUUGUCUAGUGAAGAUGAAAGGCCAUCGUACUAAUUUUAUAGUUAUUACUUAAUUUAUUUUUACCAACUUAAGGGGCUGUACUCAUUAUAGUUGGACUGAAUUGUGAUAUUUUUAAUGUUCCAGGCUAUUUUUACCUUUUAUUUAUUAAGUCUUAUAUGCACUAUUAGAUUAAACUAUUGUUUUAUAUUAAAACUAGUUUGAGUCUUUUUAAUAUUCCAUUCCUUUGUGUUAAUAAUAAGAUUUUUUAUUAAUGUUGAA